UCUCUUCAUGGUCAUGGGUGAUUUGAGUAGCAGAAGCCGCCGCCGCUUUCGCCGCCGGCACGCGCAGUCGGAAUUAAAGGAAGAAGACUACCUGAGUAAUCUCCCGGACGAGCUUCUCAGCCACAUCCUCUCCUUCCUCCCUACCCUCGACUCCAUCCGCACCUCCGUUCUCUCCCGCAGAUGGCGUCACGUCUGGACUUCCGUCCCCGUCAUCAACUUCUCCUACUUCGAUCUACAACCCAUCAUCAAGAAGCACUUCUUCGUUUCCCGCGGCGGCGACUCUGUUUCUCGUCUUCACCUCACCGGACGCAGCAUUGAUCCCAAAAAUCUCGUCUUCAACACGGACGACAAAUCCUGCGUAGUCUGCGUUUCGUGUGAAAGACUCGUCUAUGACUUAGUCAAAUACGCCAAAUCCCACGGUGCCCGGCAGGUGACUCUCCUCAAUUUCUUCUACACGCAAUGGAGAUCUUCUUUUUUCAAACUCGUGUUCGAUUGGCCAUCGCUCGUGUCACUGAAUCUACAAGUCGUCGGCUGCGUGGGUUUCAUAUCUAAGUUUUCCGAACGCAUCGCCUUCCGAUUGAGCAAUCUCAAGACCCUUUCCCUCACACUGGGCGAAAAUAUUAUUCCUACCGAGAGCUUGUCGAGGCUGCUCUCGGGCUGUCCUGUUCUGGAAGAACUAAGAUUAAAAGCAAAAUAUUUCCGGCCCGAACUCGUUCAAAUAGCGGCACCAAAUCUUCUCAGAUUGACUCUUGUAACUGCUCCAGAAAAACUUCAAAUCGAUUGCCAGAAACUCGAAUAUUUAAAGCUAAAACCUUAUUUUAGUUCGACGAACUUGCAAAUCGAAGCACCCUCCUUGACUUGUGUCCGAUUAUUCAGAAUUUGGCGCUUGGGAACAUUUGCCCAGACGUUAUGCGAUGUGACUACGCUGACUAUUACUGUGUCGGAUGAAUGUCUUUCAAGCUUGGCUCCUAGAUUCCUGGGAAAGUAUAAGGCCAUCGUGCAAGGGUUUCCUGUCUUUCACAAACUGCUCCAGUUGAAGAUCAAAAUGUAUGUGGCAGAGCAAUUCAGCCUGGACAUAGUGUUUGAUCUUCUUCGAUGCGCACCGAAUCUGCAGUCGCUCGUUUUAACUGAGUCCAAAAAGCGACCGAGUGAUGAGUAUUCCGAUGAGUGGGAGAGGAGUUCAUCGUCGAGGACUAAUGAGCCUUUGGAGCAUCUGGAAAGGGUUUCGAUGAAUAUCAAAAGUAAAAGAAUCCGAUCGGCGUUUCUGAAGACAUUAUCGGUGACGGUUUCAACGUGGGAUCGAGUAGCAGUCACCUACUAA